AUAUAAUGGAAUAACUUCAUAUUGCAGGGACUAAACAUAUAAUAUAAUUUCAGGUAUCAUGCAAUAAUUUUCCAACUAGAAAAGGAAAACCCUUCGUCUACUCUAUAGUCUAUUCACAUUCCAAUUUCCAGUAGUACUGUCUCUCCACUCUCUCUCUCUCUCUCUCCAUUUUACAAAUUCCAAUUUGCUUCUCUCUUCAAACAAAACUUCCAUUAGGAUUUACGAACAAAGAACUAGGAAGUAGAGAGGGAGGGCAGAGAUCUUGGCGAUGUUAAGGAGAUCGGAGGGAAUAAUGGCGGGCAUCGGCGAACGGACUGCAAUUGAUUUGAGAUGGCGACCGCCGUCACCAAUGAGGGAGUUGGAGACUCGACAGCAUUCUUGAGCUCGUCCUUUUCGCCGGUCGCCAGAGGCAGGGAUGAGUUGGAGACGAAGAAGGGCGGUCCGCCCUCGAAGAGAAGAGGGAGACUCGACGGCGUUUCUCGAGCUCGUCCUUCUCGCCGUUGCCGGUUUCCAGAGGUAGGACUGAGCUGGAGAAGACGAAGGGCAGUUGAGCAGGGGAGGGAGACUCGGCGUGGCGGUGUUCUUGAGCAAUCGAUUAGGGAUUAGAGUUUGGAUUUUAGAGUUUGACGUUUUGUUUUUUUAAUAAUUUUUGUUGCAUAGAACAACGACGUUUUAUUUCAAAUAGCCUGUCGCCGGUCAGAACAAAAUCGGCCGAUAUUUCAUUUUGGACCGGUUAAACCGAAAAAACCGGGAGAUACAAUAAUUCAGCCACAAAAUGGCUAUCGUUUCGUUUCUAGUCCGAUUUCCGGUUUUACCGGCCGGUACGAUCCGGUUUCCUGGUCCAUGAUCUAAGGUGAUACUUUACUCCAUAAAUGUGAUACACCCUUGCUAUCUUUUAAAUAAACACCCCAGUGGAUUUGUUCCCUAAAUAAAUGCCAUGGUUGGGUGAAAGAUAGCUAGCAAUAAAAGCAGCAUGUUUAUUACGGUUAUUAUCAAAGUUUGGAAGCCCAUUGUACAAUACUUACUACAGAUGUUUAUAAGCUAACAUAUUCACAUGACAGAGUAUCUUACAUGAUAUUUUACAAUAUUAUUUCAAGUUGGAAUUUCAUAAGCUUUAGUUCUCAAAAAUCUCUAGGCCAAGUAACUCGGUUGCAGCCAACAACAUUGCCAUGGAAAUAUUAAAAUCUGAAUGUACUAGAGUGCCAACCAUUGGAGGUGCUUUAGAAAUUGCAUCUAAAAGUGGCGAGACGCGAUGAAAUUCAAUCCCCACAUGCGAAAUAUGGCUUGUCGCCUCCCCAGGCUCAGGAGCACCAGCGCAUUCCUCCACGACAUUCAUAAUUUGGCAUGUCACCUCCUCGGGUUCUGAAGUAGUCGCACAUUCCUCUGAAAUGGACGAAGCAAAAGUGGAUCAUGUAGCUACAUCAUCUAAAGCGGGAAAGUGUUUCCCCACCUCACAAAGGGUGUCAUAAGUUAUUACAGCUCCAGCCAAGAUUUCAUCUUUAUUGAGACUUGAAGACUCCCCCCUCUCCGUUAUUGUUCCCAUAUCGCACACUGGGAUUUUUCCUUUUCUGGCUCUCCCCUCAGAACGACACUUUCCGACAGGGGAAUCCCCUGAUUCUCGCACCGAGGAAUGAUUUCUCUUCGGCUGAUCACGACGAACUCCCAAUCAUCCGCGAAGGGGAUUAUCUGGUAUCUCACAAAUUGACACCCCAACCUACGAGCGAGGCACUGCUGGCACCUCCCUAUUCUUCAUAACCUUAAAUUGAGAAUAGUCUGCAGGAGGAUUACAAUUAGAAAAUCUAGUAAAAAAAGGGAAGCAUUGUAAAAGAGAUACCUUUAUCAUAGACAGCAAGAAACAAGCAUGCUCGAUCCCCAAGACUGCUUAUACUAAUGGGUUUCUCACAAAGGAUUCGGUCGUACAACAAUCUCUCCCUCAAUCACAGGAUCCGGAAACCCUCUUGUAACACCUUCAUUCUAUUCAGCCGGAACUGGAUUACCUCCCAAAGUAAACUCACCAGGCAGGGCAAGAAAAUAAAAGAAUUCAGUCUCCUAGGAUCUUUUCAAGUGGCUAAGCGAAGUAGAGAGAUUAUUGGCUGACGUACGCUUGUGCAAUUCCCAACCAACUCGGUUAUGACGGAAGAAAAAGCAGGCGUAAAACAACUCCGGGGAGGGAGGAAUCCUAGCUCGACGGCAUGACAGGGUAAAGCAAGCGAUGAAAGUCCAAAAACAAGGACUAACUGAGUCAAUAAAAAGCUUACUAUGUCGCAUUACCAUGCACAACCAAGGAGGCAACGGUAGUCGAAAACCAUAUUCCAAAGAAGAGCGGAAAAGUGAUCGCCAUGAUGAUGGGUGACUUGCAGCUAAAACAAAUCUAUUGGGAAGGGCAUACCUCCGAUGAUGAGGCAUGUGAUACGACACCAGUAGCUCCCGUAGCCACCUUUCGCUUUGCGUAAAUCCAAAUUCCAGGCCUCUCACUAGGUACUCUGGAGACACUCGACCCAAAGGGUACAUCACCUCCCAAGGGCAAAUAUUAAAACCCAGGGGAUUAG